AUGUCUAAGCACAUGUGGGUAGUUGAGGUUUGUACCUUUCAAAUUGUAUCUGUUUCAAAUACGCAACACUUUACACGACACGUCUCGCUCGCACAGAUCACUGGAGUCAGCGUAACAUCUGGCCCUUCGGCUGGUGGUGCAGUUUCAACCCCAAUGUCAGGCGAAACAAUUAUAACUCCAGGCGGAAGGGCUCGCGGCAAAAUGAUCUUCAACGAUAAACCGACAAUUCAAGGGUCUUCCAAGGACUUAGACGGAAACUUGGCGGCUGAGGAAAAGCCAAAGACCCCUGCAAAGAAGAGACCAAGAGCUACCCCCGUCCGAAACGUGGUUAAACCUGCUAACAAAAGAGCUAAGAAGCCCGUCGCACAGUCACCGCAUGCUCCCAGCACUAUCUUAGAGCCAGUUAACUGCGAGGAAGACUCGGCUAUACCUCACCAGAACAAAGGGAAGGGAAAAGGGAAGUCGGUUGUUGAUUCCGUGGGCGAAGAACAGUCUGUUGGCGAGGAGGAUAGUGACGAGGAUUAG